AUGUACUCGGAUCAUAUCCCGGAUGAUAGCAUCACUGCCUCAUCUUGGCUUAGCUCCAAACAUCUGCCAUAUUUCGGAAGACUGGACAGGAACAUUGGUCACGGAGCGUGGUGCAGUGCACCGAAUGACGUCCAGCCCUAUUUGGAAAUUGACCUUGAAAUCGAACACAUGAUCACUGGUGUUAUUACCCAGGGUAAACAUCGGUUGUCCUCCGAUCAGCUCGGAUUUGCUUGGGUUACAGAGUUCUUUCUGUCUUAUACUACCAACCAGAAAAACUGGACAUUUGUUAAAGAUGUAAAAACCAGUCAACCUAUUAAAUUUCUUGGCAAUGAUGCAGUUAACUGGAGGAAAAAAACCAAACUUCUCGGGUUCACUGGCCGCCUUGUUCGCUUUCACCCUGAGAAGUGGAAUAACUUGCCGUGUCUUCGGGUGGAGCUCUUGGGAACUAAAGUUUGUUCCGCUCCUUUGGGGAUGAAAUCAGGAGAAAUUAGCAACUCGGCCAUCAGAUACUCCAGUUCGACGUCAGAUCACGAGGGCUAUCAUGCAAGGCUUAAAAAUAGUCAUGAUUGGAUUCCACAAAAUGCCGAUAAACACGCCUUCCUUAAGAUUGAUUUUGGGUCAUACAAACAGCGUCUUACGGCACUGGCCAUACAAUCUGGGAGUGGUGGCUUUGUCACCAAAUUCAAAUUGUCAUAUAGUGUGGAGGGCUGGUCAUGGAGGCACUGGAUCGAAGACGCUCGCGAGAAAUUUUUUUCCGGAACUGAAAACAGAGUAAGCAUCAGGAGAUUUCUGUUGCCGUAUCCUGUAGAAGCGCGCUACUUACUGAUAAACCUUCUAGCUUAUGUCGGAAAUAGAGCCACUCGUAUUGAAGUCUAUGGAUGUACAGGGGAUUAUUCUGCAUCUAAGGUGGGAAUUCAGAGCAUUGACAAGAUUGCAAAUUCUUCUAUGACCGCCUCAAGCUGGAAACCUGGUUACUACCCUUAUGCAGCGAGGUUGUCCAAGUCGAUUGGGAAUGGUUCUUGGUGUGCGGCUGCCACCAAACAAGAUGAAUAUCUACAGGUGGAUCUAGGGAAGCAAUACAGCUUGGUCAAAAUAGGGGUGCAAGGUGACACUGCAUGGGGCUCAGGAAUGAAACAGUUCUACAUUGCUUACUCCAGAAAUGGAGGAAUGUGGACUAAUUACAUGAUACACGGAGCGAGAAAGCUAUUUGAAGGUGUUAGCGGUGACUCGGUACGUCGAACAGUUUUUGAACGAACUUUCGUCGCGAAGAUGAUCAGGGUUAUCGUAAACAGUUGGUACAGUUGGCCGUGUCUGAGAAUGGAGUUGUAUCACACAGAUUGUAAGAACAACCUGAGCUUUAGUCUUAAAGAAGCCAAAAAUGGAGGAUACACAGCAUCGAGUUUCCUUGGACCUGGUUUUGAGCCGUGGCGUGGAAGCAUCCUCACUUCAAGCAAACAACAUGGCUGGUGCGCAGAAAACAGUUCAACUCCAGACUAUUUGCAAAUUGAUCUGAGAGUUCUUAAUCGCGUCACUGGAGUUUUGACCAGAGGAAUCGUUGCAGGGGUUUUAGAGAAGGAAGCUUGGGUGAAACAAUACACAGUUCAACACAGCAUACUAGGGGAUCACUGGAUUAAUCACAAGGAGGAAGGAGUCGUCAAGACAUUUGAUGCAAACGCAGAUGCAGUUUUUUCAAAGAGCCAGGUCACCAACUUCUACGCCCGUUUUGUUCGAGUAAUUCCUAAACAGUGGCAUUUCAGACCAUGCAUGAAAGUGGAACUUCAAGGCUGCGAAGAGUGUUCAUCUCCAUUGGGAAUGGAGCAUGGUGAGAUCGCUGGCGACCGAAUAAAAACAUCAAUGCCCAUCUCAAGUAAUACUAAUGCCCGACUACGCUGUAGCCGAUAUAGUUUUUUGGGUAGUUCCCAAUGGGAGCCAUUCAUUCAAGUUGACUUAGGGCCGGAAAAUAAACGACUGACAGCUUUUGCUAUGCAAGGAAGGGAUUAUACUUACAAUACUUGGGCCGUCUACGUGAAAUAUGCAGUUGGGGAUGGGUCAGAAUGGUUCAAUUACACGAAAAAUGGAGAGACAGAAAUAUUUGAAAGAGACCAACACAUGGACAUGAUGACCAAACAUUUCUUCAAACGCACCUUGACGACUCGCUUCAUUCGUGUUCUUCCACUCACGUGGUCUCAUGAUGUUGGCCUUAGAAUUGAAUUGUACGGUUGUCCAGUAUGCGAAAACCCCCUCGGCAUUGAAGGUGGUCUUCACAACGUGACUGCAUCCUCCUUCAGAGGAGCUGGGCACGAACCUUGUUGGGGACGACUCAACUCUGCAGGCAUUUGGCGCCCUUACACCAACCAAAUAUACGAAUUCCUUCAUGUGCGCUUUGAUCACGUGAUGGCCAUAAUAGGUAUUGCCACUCAGGGUUAUAGUGCCUCUUGUGGACGAGUUAAGAGAUUCUGGCUGUACCAUAGUUUGGACGGAAUGCGAUUUGAAUUAUACAACGAUCCUAUAAUGGGAGACGUAAGUGGAGCAGGCCUGUUUGUUCAAUAA